AAUGUCAAUUUGUAAGUACUGGAAUUUUGUGCCGCUUUUUUUUAUGUUUACGUACUUAAUUAUUUUAGAUUAUUAAGUUAAUUUUUAUAUUUUUGUGGGAUUAAUAGAAAAAAGAAUUAGUAUUAAACGAAUAAAAUGACUCUAGGUGAAGCUCAAAAAAACCUCCCAUGGGUUGAAAAAUAUCGUCCAUCAAAGUUAGAAGAUUUAGUGUCACAUGAUGAUAUUAUAAAAACAAUUAAUCAAUUUAUGAAGGAGAAUCAACUUCCGCACCUUUUAUUUUAUGGCCCACCGGGAACUGGUAAAACUUCAACGAUAUUGGCAUGUGCAAGACAAAUGUACACUCCACAACAGUUUAAUUCUAUGGUAUUGGAACUUAAUGCAUCAGAUGAUAGAGGUAUAGGCAUUGUUAGAGGUCAAAUCCUCAGUUUUGCAUCCACUAGAACAAUUUUCAAAGCAGGUCCAAAAUUAAUAAUUUUGGAUGAAGCUGAUGCCAUGACAAAAGAUGCUCAAAAUGCAUUGAGGAGAAUAAUAGAAAAGUACACAGACAACGUGCGAUUCUGCAUAAUAUGCAACUACUUGGGCAAAAUCAUACCAGCACUACAGUCGCGAUGCACGAGGUUCCGGUUCGCGCCGUUGCAGCAGAGCCAAAUAGUGCCCCGGCUGAAAGAGAUCGCGACCGCGGAAGGGGUAAAAAUGUCCGAGGACGGUGUCAAAGCGUUGUUGACAUUGUCCGGCGGCGACAUGCGUAAGGUGCUGAACACCCUGCAGAGCACGUGGCUCGCAUACCGUGACGUCACCGAGGACCACGUGUACACGUGCGUCGGACACCCGCUGCGUGCGGACAUCAACGCUAUUAUCAACUGGCUACUCAACGAGAACGACUUCUCUACUUGCUUUCAAAAUAUUCAAGAUGUGAAGCUUGUUAAGGGACUGGCUCUCGGUGAUAUUUUGACGGAAGUACAUACACUCAUACAAAGAUUGAAACUACCUCCCGAAGUAUUGAUAGAGCUAUUGAUCAAGAUGUCAGAUGCGGAGGCGCGAUUGGCUAGCGGAUGCAGCGAGCGCGUGGAACUAGCCGCGCUCAUAGCUGCUUUCCGAACCGCUCGAGAACAACUUCCAUCUUACACUUUAACUUAGAAGGAUUAAAAAUUACUUAUGCAUUACUUCAUUGAAUUUAAUAUUCACAUUUUUUCUAAAGCGAGGUACAGAUUAUUUGUAAAGUUACAUACAUUACAAUACUAGUAUAAUGUCCAUGAAUAUUACGCGCACGCCAUGGAAGUGUUCUUAACUAUAGCGUUUAAAUUAUUUUAUUAAACCAGUGUAAAAAAAGACCGCAGACACCAUCGUGGACGAAGAACUGGAGAUGGUAGAGAAGUAACCUUAUAUGUUGUGAAUAACCUAUACCUGGCUUAAAACUAAUUAGUAUUUUGGAUUUUAAAUGUGUUAAAAAAUGAUAAUAAACGCAUUUAACUGUUA